AUGUUAGACACCAAAUUGUCUCCCACCAUGCCGGCCGCUGAACCGCCGUCUCCAACUCAGCGGUAUAGCAAGCAUAUCAUCUUAACCACCUACCCCGGCCAAAGCGGAAUCGAUCCCGUACCGCUGGAAUGGGGUGCGGUCGAUGCUAAAUCUCGUGGUCCGAUCGUCGUCUCGCGUAGCGGCAACCUGGUGAAGCGUCGCAAUGCCAUCGGUGCUCACGGAGGCAGCUAUAGCAUCUACAAUGCCCUGGCGAUUGCAGCGGGCGACCUCGACGCUGACUUCCGGCCCGACCUGCGUAAUAGCGAGCCGACGUUCAACUUCCAGUGGCAGCCUGCUUGGGCGGACAAGACCAAAAUCGUGUCUAUGGAUCCAUUCGGCCAUGACAUUGUCAACAGUUAUCGCGAAGAACUAGAACUCGGGUGGGAUAUCAGACCUACGAUGGCAAUCACCCGUGCCAAUAUGAAACUCGCAGAGAUCGGCGAAGCAGUCCGCGAUGGUCGCCUUAAAGUCGAUGGCUCGAUCGUGGUCGACUCCUCGGGUGAGGUCCGUGUCACCAAGGUUGCCGUUGAGCCCGUAUGGUAUCUGCCCGGCGUGGCUGAGCGCUUUGGCGUGGAUGAAGGUACUCUGCGUCGGGCUCUGUUUGAACAUACAGGAGGCUCAUACCCAGAAUUAAUCACCCGUCCUGACUUGAAGAUCUUCCUGCCUCCUAUUGGUGGACAGACGGUAUAUAUCUUUGGGCCUCCAGAGCGGGUUUCGAAUGAAAAUGUCAAGCUGGCUCUGCGCAUUCACGAUGAGUGCAAUGGUAGUGAUGUCUUCCAGUCAGACAUCUGCACUUGCCGUCCUUAUCUUGCUUUUGGUAUUGAGGAGGCCAUCAAGGAAGCGCAGUCUGGUGGCUCGGGUGUUGUCAUCUACUUCCGCAAGGAAGGUCGUGCAUUGGGCGAGGUGAUCAAGUACCUUGUGUACAAUGCAAGGAAACGAGGCGGAGACACUGCCGACAAAUACUUCACCCGGACGGAGAAUAUUGCUGGUGUGCGCGAUAUGCGCUUCCAAGCCCUCAUGCCGGAUAUCCUGCAUUGGCUGGGUAUCAAGAAGAUCGACCGCAUGCUGUCCAUGUCCAACAUGAAACACGACGCUAUCGUUGAAUCCGGAAUCAAGAUCCUCGAGCGUAUUCCAAUCCCUGAUUACAUGAUCCCCAGUGACUCUCGGGUUGAGAUUGAUGCCAAGAUCAACGCGGGCUACUUCACCACUGGUAAACAGUACACAAUGGAAGAGCUUGCCCAGGUCAAGGGACGUGGAUGGGAGAAGUGGGAGGACGUCACACAUUGA